UCCGGCAUAGAUCAUGGGCUCUUUAUAGUUUGUCUGGAAACGAAAAGCUAAACAACUAAAUCAGGAUAAAACAACAAUCUGUUAACGUAAAUCAUCGAAUUGAUUAUUUCCUUGUUUCACACUGCAUCUCUUUCUUAGCUUCAAAUACACUUUCCACGGGUACCCACAAAGAGGCAAAAUCAUGGAACAGAAGCUGAUAAUGAUGGUGGUGCUACUAGUAUUAGCACUAGCCACAGCCACAGCCUUUACCGCAGAGUAUGUCCGACCACCGCCUCGGAAAACACUUCAUUUUCCAUGGAAUCCAAAGCCUUCCUCUCACCCUCAACAGGUUCACGUCUCCUUUGCUGGGGAUAAACACAUUCGGGUCACAUGGGUUACUAAUGAUGAAUCUUCACCUUCUAUUGUUGAGUAUGGUAUAUCACCUAAAAACUACAGCUUCAAAGCUCAAGGAGAGAGUACUAGUUAUAGUUAUUUUCUUUACAGCUCUGGGAAGAUACACCAUACUGUCAUCGGGCCGCUGGAAGACGACACCUUGUAUUUUUACCGAUGUGGGGAAGAAGAUCCUGAUUUCCAGCUGAAAACCCCACCAUCUCAAUUCCCAAUUACGUUUGCCGUUGCAGGUGAUUUGGGUCAGACUGAAUGGACGAAGUCAACUUUAGACCACAUAGAACAAUGUAAGUAUGAUGUGCAUUUGCUCCCGGGAGAUCUUUCCUACGCUGACUACAUGCAACAUAAGUGGGACACAUUUGGCGAUCUGGUGCAGCCACUUGCGAGUUCAAGACCCUGGAUGGUGACGCAAGGUAAUCAUGAGAAGGAGAACAUACCAAUCUUGAAGGAUGGGUUUAUAUCCUAUAAUUCGAGAUGGAAGAUGCCAUAUGAGGAGAGUGGAUCCAGUUCAAAUCUGUAUUAUUCGUUUGAAGUGGCGGGAGUUCAUACUCUCAUGCUUGGUUCGUAUACGGAUUAUGACAAGUACUCUGAUCAAUAUAACUGGCUGAAGGCCGAUCUUUCAAAAGUGGACCGUGAAAGGACACCUUGGCUUGUUGUUCUAUUCCAUGUGCCAUGGUAUAACAGUAACAACGCUCAUCAAGGUGAAGGCGAUGAAAUGAUGGCUGCCAUGGAGCCAUUGCUUUAUGCUGCUGGUGUGGAUAUUGUUUUUGCUGGCCAUGUUCAUGCAUAUGAACGAUCGAAACGUGCUUACAAUGGCAAAUCGGAUCCUUGUGGAGCUGUCCACAUAACUAUUGGUGAUGGAGGAAACAGAGAAGGUUUAGCACACAAGUACAGAGAACCCGAGCCUGAAUGGUCAAUUUUCCGCGAAGCAAGCUUUGGUCAUGGUGAGCUCAAGAUUAUGAACUCGACUCAUGCACUUUGGAGUUGGCAUAGGAAUGAUGAUGAUGAACAAGUGAGGUCCGACCAAGUCUGGUUAACAUCUCUGAUUGGAUCACAGUGCCUUGCUGAAAAGAGUCGUGAACAAAGAAAAAUACUUAGUGAACCCUAAAGCUGAUUGCUUCUAACGCCCCAUUUUCUGAGGCAUAGUAAAUGUAUAGCUAGUAUAUUGUCAUUCUUGGUAGUCUGCAUGCAACUGCUUGUGCUGAUGCUUAAAUGUCAUGAUAAUUCGGUUUAGUUGUAUCUCUAUCCAAGUCCGGUGUAUGUUUUGGUGAAUUUUCACUCAUUGCAGGGUGUGUUUGAAUUGAUAA